GAGACGCUACAGGAUUUUCGUGCAGAGUUAUAACUCCGCCACUACUGCUAGUUCAUCUUGCGUUUGUAACUCCAUUGAGAAGAACACCAAUUUUAGAGUUUGUUUUGCGAGAAGAAUUGAUGACAUCUAUUGAGAAGAACAUCAAUUCGCAAAGAGGAGGUGAAAAGAAGAAGAUGGGAAGAACUUAUUGUUGCGAUAAUGAUGGAGUGAAGAAAGGGGCUUGGAGCCCUGAAGAAGACAGAAUCUUGGUUCAGUACAUCCAAAAACAUGGUCAUGGUAGUUGGCGUUCCCUCCCAAAGAAUGCAGGUCUCCUUCGAUGCGGAAAGAGCUGUCGGCUUCGAUGGACAAACUAUCUUCGCCCUGACAUUAAACGAGGUCCCUUUACACCUGAAGAAGAAGCUACGAUUAUUCAACUUCAUGGCAUGCUUGGUAACAAGUGGGCAUCCAUAGCAUCACAAUUACCUGGAAGAACUGACAAUGAGAUUAAGAACUUUUGGAAUACACAUCUGAAGAAGCGUCUUUCUUCCUUGGAUCAAAAGUUGCAGAUUUUUAGCUCCUCUUGGGGUCCCAUCAAUAUAAAAUGGGAGUCUCCAUCAACCCAGCACAUGGUACAUUGGGAGAGCGCUAGGGUUGAGGCUGAGGCUCGUCUGUCAAUGGAAUCAUUGUUGCUUAACCCAUCAUCAUCGGUUAAGAUGGAAAAUAAUUACUUUCCCCGGAUAUGGAACUCUGAAGUUGGGGAACCAUUUCGUAAUAUCAAUGGAAAAGAUGGGGGAGCAUGUGAAAGUCCUAUCUUGCAGGCAUCUUCAUGGACAAAAUUUGGGUUUAGUUCAGUUGACAAUGACAAUGAGUUUCAAAUGAUGUCCAUUGAACAGGAGACUCAUGAACAAGAAGAUAACUGCAAACCAAAUGCAGAUAUCAUAACUGGUUCGGAUUCCAUUAGCUUUAAUGAAUUUACUGAUUAUUCAGAUACAGCAUUGAAGCUGCUGUUGGAUAUUCCAGGUGGUAAUGAUAUGGAAUUCUUGGAAGGACACACCGAAAAAUUUUACCAGCUACCUCAAUCUCAAGUGUGAUUGAGACUGUUUUUCCUCAAACUUUCUGCUUCUUGUUGUGUGUACUGUUAGAAGGGAAAGGGCAAUAUUGAAGCAGAUGGUGAUUUUUGGCCGCCCUUUGACAUCUAACGUACAGUGCAGCUAGUUUUUUUUCUUGUUUCAGUGCUAUGGUUGAUUUCCGAGAAGCUAAGAAGGAUGAGGCAGUUACUUGAUUACAAGCUUUCUUCUCUGAAAUCAAGUGGGAGUCCAGUAGGAGUCGAACGUAUGAUAAAAGAUGAGCUUUUUUUUAUUUUAUUUUUAUUUUUUUUUAUGUCUCAGUUCAUCCAAAGUUGUCAGGGAUGUUUUUUGUGCAUGAUUUUACAGCACAACUGAUAUCCAGUGGUUCUCAAGGAUUUUUCUAUAGUUUGGUUUCUGGUUUUCCUUUCAGAAAGUGAAUUUGAACUUCUGACUUCUAAAAUUUAGUAUUUUGUCAAUUAGACUA